AACAUGUUUACAUUUAAAUUACUUGGUAUAAAAAUAUCUAUGAUGUGCAUGAAUAAGUAGAGAACCAUAUUUGAUUGAGUAAAGAUACUUUUUGUCUUCAUUUAUACACUAAAAUGGCAGUUUUUCCUUCGUUGCCUCAGGGCAACAUUGUGCAGUUAGAUCACUUUUGUGUGAACUAUAACAUGCUAAUGGAUGGAGAUGUGCAGGGAUGCAUAGUUAUCAACAUAAUCAUUUUUUUGCUGUACUAUCUACUAUUAUUCACAGGAAAUGGAUGCACAAACAUUUUAUCGGUCUAAGAAACAUGAUCAAGAGGUUAGGCUCAUCCCUUCCGACAGUGAGGAUGGUGAGCUCGAGGAGAUUGACAGUGAGGAAGAGUGGACUCCAGAAUCAGCUGGCAUGCCUGAUGACAAUGAGUCACUGGAUGAAGAGGAAAAUGAGGAUGAAGCAUCACAGGAAGAUGUUCCACGCUUACCCCGUUGGAGAACACCCCACAAUGCCAACAUCACUAAUUACCCAGAAUGGCAGGCCGGCCUUCCAAAAUCAGACGAUAUCAAGUCCCCCUAUGAAUACUUCAAGCUGUUUUUUUCUGAAGACAUUCUGGAAGUAGUUGUAGAGCAGUCAAAUUUGUAUGCCAUUCAGUGUAACACCAACAAGCCCCUUAACCUCACCACUAAAGAGCUGGAGCAAUUCAUGGGUACAGCAGUGUACAUGUCAUUGUUUGGAUUACCAGGCACCCGGAUGUUUUGGAACAAAGCCACCCGAGUUUCCCAGGUAGCUGACACCAUGUCACUGAAUAGAUGGGAGUUCAUCAAAAAAUGUCUGCACUUCAACAACAAUGAAGUGAGACAAGGAGAAAAUGUUGAUCCUCUCCAUAAAAUCAGACCACUGGUCACUCAUCUCACCUCAAAGCUGCAGACAAUCCCAAUGGGUGAGAAGUUGGCUGUAGAUGAGCAGAUGGUCCCUUUCAAGGGAAGAAACAGACUCAAGCAAUACCUGCCAGCAAAACCAAAAAAAUGGGGCUACAAGAUACUUGUCUUGGCUGGCUCUGAUGGUGUCCAGCACAAUUUUGAGAUCUAUACAGGGAGAGUUGUGCAACCCCCUGAGCUGCCAGAUGUAGGAGCAAGUGGCAACGUUGUCCUCCGCCUGGCCCAGCCAAUACCUAAACACCAGAAACAUAAGCUUUUCUUUGACAACUGGUACACGAGUGUUCCUCUCAUUCUCACACUUGCUCAGCAGGGAAUUCACUGUGCUGGCACUGUCCGUAGCAACAGACUACCAGGUGUGAGCAUGAUGUGUGAUGCUGAGUUGAAGAGAACUGGACGUGGAUCUUUUGACCAGAAGACGGCCAUGGUUGGAGAAACCACCUUGCAUGCUGUGAAGUGGUAUGAUAACCGUCCAGUCAGUCUUCUCAGUGAUUACAUUGGAGCACACCCGGUCACUGAUGUUGAUAGGUGGGAUGGCAAGCAAAAAAAAGUCAUCAGAGUUCCCUGUCCUGCCGUGGUGAGAGAGUACAACAAGAAUAUGGGUGGAGUGGAUCUGCUGGACUCUCUCAUUGCACUGUACCGCACCAAAAUCAGGUCAAAGAAGUGGUACCACCGACUGAUGUUCCACUUUAUUGACAUGACCACCGUGACUGCCUGGCUGCUCUACAAGAGAGACUGCAGCAGCACUGGGAUGAGUAAAGAGGAACAGAUCAGGCUUUAUACGUUCAAGUCAUAUAUUGGAGAAAGCUUAUGCAAAAGUGGCAAGAAUCUGGAGCAUAAGAGAGGUCGUCCCAGUUCCACAAUUGCUGGGGAGUACAAAGAAAAGAGGAGAAGAGGACCCGCUACACCUAUUCCAGUCCCUGAUGUGCGUCUAGAUGCCACAGCCCACUGGAUGGUCAUGGAUGAAAAGAAAGGGAGAUGCAAGGUACCAGGAUGCAAAGGUACACCAAAAGCCAAGUGCCAAAAAUGUGACGUCCGCCUCUGUUUCACAUCCACCAGCAACUGCUUCCUGAGGUUCCAUACAGAAUAAUGCAGACUGUGUUUUGUCAAAAAUCAGUACCCCACAGGAACACACAUUCAUAAACAUAAACACACACUGCAGCUAAUCUGUAAUGUACUCAUUGAUAAACCAUUUGUGGCUGUGUGUUGAAAGAAAACUUUGAAAUUGUUGUUGAAAGAAACUUUUUCAAAUUGUUGUUACUGAAAGAAAACUUUUGAAAUUGUUGUUGUUGUUGAAAAAAAACUUCUUGUAAUGUAUUUAAUGCUUUUUUGUUCGUCAUUCCACUUAUUAAAUAAUAUAGAAAACCUUGGCGUUUUAGUACCUUCAUAGCAUCUUGUUGCUCUGAGGCAACAAACCAAAAUCUGGUGGGGGGGCUGUGGGGGGGCACAUUUUCUGAUUGAUAUAUUACAAGGACCCCCCCAAGGUCCCAAAACUGGGGUGAAAUAUUUUUUUCCUCAUAAAAUAAAAAUUCAUGCCAUAGAGGGUUAAUAUUAAUACCUGCUGAAGGUAAAAGUAUGUGUGAACUUGCUUCUCAAUGUUUUUUGAUGAAAAUGAAAC